CAGGUUUCUUUGUUCUUACCCUCUUUCUUGAUCUCAAACGAGUUACAAUAAAAAAGCAAGACUUCUUUUAAUCUGCUUCACUCGUUCCUACGAUUACGCCGCCAUAAAAGAAAUUGUGAUUCUUCUGCAGACGCUUCGUCUCUUUGAUUCCAUAAAAAGAGGGGGGGAAAAAUCAAACCUUUGUGCAUUGUCGUUGAAUGUUAUAAGAUGAGGAUAAGUAGCUCCAGGCCAUCCCAAUUUAUCACGAGCAAUGAAAAUGGUGGUAUAUCUCGCGGUAAUAGUUUGCCUCUCAUCGAGAACAUUGAGGUGGAUCAGAUCAUUGUUCCUGAGAGGAAAGAUUGGAAAGUUCUGUUUGCGUAUAUGGGCCCAGGAUUCCUUGUUUCUAUUGCAUAUAUCGAUCCUGGAAACUUUGAGACAGAUUUACAGGCAGGUGCACAGUUCAAGUAUGAGUUACUUUGGAUCAUACUUUUGGCUUCCUGUUCUGCCUUAGUCAUUCAGUCACUUGCAGCCAAGCUAGGAGUUGUGACAGGGAAACAUUUAGCUGAGCAUUGUAGAGCUGAAUACACGAGGGUUCCUAACUUUAUCCUGUGGCUUCUGGCUGAACUCGCAGUUGUUGCAUGUGAUAUUCCUGAAGUUAUUGGAACAGCUUUUGCUUUGAAUAUGCUCUUCAAAAUACCUGUAUGGUGUGGUGUUCUUAUCACAGGGUUGAGUACUUUGCUGCUGCUAUAUUUACAACAAUAUGGGGUAAGGAAACUCGAAUUAUUUAUAGCUUUUCUGGUACUCACGAUGGCAGGUUGUUUCUUUUCUGAACUUGCCUAUGCAAAGCCAAAGUCUUCAGAAGUUUUUAAGGGACUCUUUGUCCCCCAGCUUAAAGGAAAUGGUUCCACAGGUCUAGCUAUCUCACUACUUGGUGCGAUGGUGAUGCCGCACAACCUCUUCCUUCAUUCAGCAUUGGUGCUCUCCAGGAAAAUACCACGCUCAGCUCGGGGCAUCAAGGAGGCAUGCAGGUUUUACACCAUUGAAAGUGCAUUUGCUCUUGCAGUGGCCUUUCUCAUUAAUGUGUCUGUUAUAUCUGUGAGCGGUGCUGUUUGUAGCUCUGAUAAUCUAAACCCUGAAGAUCAGCAAAACUGCAGUGACCUUGACCUCAAUAAAGCAUCAUUUCUCCUGAAGAAUGUUCUCGGAAACUGGAGUUCCAAGCUGUUUGCAAUAGCUUUAUUAGCAUCUGGCCAGAGUUCGACUAUAACAGGAACAUAUGCUGGACAAUAUGUUAUGCAGGGAUUUCUUGAUCUGCGGAUCUCACCAUGGUUAAGGAACCUUUUGACCCGAUCCUUAGCGAUUCUGCCAAGUCUCAUAGUUGCAUUAAUUGGUGGAUCUGCAGCAGCUGGAAAGCUGAUUAUUAUAUCUUCGAUGAUUUUAUCAUUUGAGCUUCCUUUUGCUCUCGUCCCACUUCUGAAGUUCACGAGCAGUAAGACCAAGAUGGGUUCAUAUUCCAAUUCUAUUGCGGUUGCAUCCGUGACAUGGCUAAUAAGCUCACUGAUUGUAGUCAUCAAUAGCUACUAUCUCGUCACUGGCUUUGUCAGUUUGCUUUUGCACAGCGGGCUGCCAACAGCAUCCAUUGUAUUUGCCGGAGUUUUUGGGUUCUCAGGCAUGCUCGUUUACAUGGCUGCGAUAUUGUACUUGGUAUUCAGGAGAAAUCGGAACUCGACUCAGCCAUUGUUGCAAGACGAUUCUGAAUUCUGUCGAAGCUGCGAUGCCAACAGUUCGUUGUAUGAUUUGCCGCGGGAGGACAUCGCAAGUAUGCAACUUCCACAGGAGAGAUCCACACAGGAACAUGCCUAGUCGACUUCCAGUUCCUGCCAUUAAGCAGCAAAUUAACAGCAGGGAGGAAACAUAUUUGUAGUUUGUCUGCUCGAGUCUAUCAAGUGAUAGUUUAAGAGUAAUAAUGCAUUGACAUGGUCAGUUAUUGCAAA